AAAGAAACACACACAAAAAGUAAUAAAAUAUACGUCAACCGACAUGACAUCGGAAUGUGAAUCGGAUAAUCGGAUAUCCAAAAAGACCAUACCGUCGGGUACAAGAUAUAAAAGGUCCAUAUCUCACAAUUUCCCAAAAAGGAAAAGAUAAAAAAAACUUCAAAUGUUUGGUUGGUGAAGAAGAAGAAAUCUUACCAAAAAAAAAGAAGAAGAAGAAGAAAGGAUGAUACGAAAUAUCCGGCUCAGAGCUCCGACGAAUCAUCCUGGUUCCACCAUACAAACAGAUAGUCGCCGGUUAAUCCGGUUUCCGACGAGAUGUUUGUCACCAGAUCUUAGCCAUUACACGAUUCUUGGAUUGACCCCUCUCGCUUCUCAUACCGAAGUCAAACGUGCCUUCAAACGUCUUGCUCUUAAGUAUCAUCCAGAUGUCCAUAAGGGACAGGACAAGGAUUUUAAAGAGAUCAAAUCCGCUUACGAGUGUUUGAUGCAAAAGUUUGAGAAACAAGAAGAAGAAGAGGAGAUUACAGAGAUGGGUGAAAUCGACGAGUGGGAGGAAUGGAUGGGAUUCGAAGGAGGGAUUCCAUCAGGUUCUUACUAGAUUUAUAAUGGUCAUUUGUUACAAUG